AAUCCAUCAGUUUUUUGUAUUCCCUCGAAGGAUAACCUACCACGAGAAAUAAGCCACUAAAAUGUUGAAGUUGGUAGUGUUGUCCAGUGUCCUAGCCAUAUCAUCGGGCGGCUAUAUAGGAUCCGCAAUUGGUCUUGGAGGUUUAUCGGGAGGUGGAGGCGGCGGCAGUUCCGGCGGUAGCGGAGGAGCAUCUGGGGGAACUAGCUAUGCGUAUGGAGCAAUUUCUGGGGGCAGCUCGGGCUCUUAUGGCGGUAGUGGAGCCGGUGCUGGAUAUGGCGCUGGUCUUGGAGCUGGUAUAGGAGCCGGAAUUGGAGCAGGAGCUGGAGCGGCAUAUGGAGCGGGAUAUGGAGCUGGUCUUGGAGCCGGAGCUGGAGCGGGAUAUGGAGCCGGUUACGGAGCUAUUGCCGGAGUAGGACCUGGUCUGGCUGGAGGCCUUGGAGCUGGAGCGGGAGCGGGACUGGGAGCUGGGCUUGGUGCCGGCGUUGGAGGAUAUGGAGGCUAUGGUAGCGGGGCUGGUGGAUCAUCGGGAAGCUCGGGUGCAAGAGGAGGAAUUGGUAUCGGAUCUGCUGGCUCUGGGGGCUAUGGAGGAGCUAUCGUUGGUGCCGUAACUGUACCAGCUGGACCUUCGGUAGCUUACCCUACGGCUGUCAGUUCGCAAUCUAGAUUCGACAUAAUCCACCCCGGCACCAUCGUACAACACAGCGUGUCCCAGGUCCCAGUGGUGUCCACUCAUGUCCGAAAUGUGGCCGUUCCGAUAGCCCACGGUCACGGUUAUGGCGGAAACGCGGGAGCGUACGGGGCGGGUUACAGCGGCUAGUCUUCAGCUAGGGUCAAAUAAAUGAAGAAUGGGUAAAUUAGCCAGCAAUUAAUUGUAACCGAUCCAGUAAUCACGCAAAUAUACUGUCAGUAAUCCGUUGUACAAACGUCCAGUGUUCAAAUACGUCAUAAUUGUAAUAAACGCA